AGAACGAUAAAAAAUCGAGGGAGUAAUAUUCUAUUCCCAACCCUCAUUAUUCGUAUAAUCAAGUUAAUCACCAAUUUAGAACUCGAACUCCCCUCUUCUCUUCCUCACUCACUCCACAGUCCCCUGUAGAUUGACAAAAAAUGGCUACCAAUGUGCCACUCUCAGAUUUCCUUGCAACUGCUGUUGAUGCUGCCAAGAAAGCUGGCGAAGUAAUUCGAAAAGGAUUUUAUCAAACCAAAAAUGUAGAGCACAAAGGCCAGGUGGAUUUGGUGACGGAAACUGACAAGGCAUGCGAAGAGCUUGUCUUUAAUCAUCUCAAGCAGUAUUACCCUGAUCACAAGUUCAUUGGUGAAGAAACUACAGCUCUCUAUGGUGCUACAGAACUGACAGAUGAUCCAACAUGGAUUGUUGAUCCACUUGAUGGGACAACUAACUUCGUGCAUGGGUUCCCUUUCGUGUGUGUAUCAAUUGGUCUCACCAUCCGAAAAGUCCCAACUGUCGGUGUCGUGUAUAAUCCAAUUAUGGAUGAGCUCUUCACUGGAGUCCGAGGGCAAGGAGCUUUUCUAAACGGAAAGCCUAUACAAGUGUCUUCGAAAGAUGAACUUGUCAACUGCCUCCUUGCAACAGAGACUGGCACACAACGUGAUAAAGCCACUGUUGACGCCACAACAAACCGAAUUAACUCAUUGCUUUUCAAGGUGAGAUCCGUAAGAAUGUCAGGCUCCUGUGCAAUGAACUUAUGCGGUAUAGCUUGCGGAAGGCUUGAUCUUAUGUAUGAGAUUGGAUAUGGAGGUGCAUGGGAUGUCGCAGCUGGCAUUGUAAUUGUUGAAGAGGCUGGAGGGCGUGUUUUUGAUCCGUCUGGUAAAGAUUUUGAUAUUACAGUCACUCGAGUAGCCGCUUCAAACCCCCUUAUUAAGGAUUCAUUUACUGAGGUUUUUCAACAAUCUGAAUGAGAAAACAAACUAGCAAACUAUGAACAAUACAUUCAAUUCAUAUUACAAGCUGCUGUUGCACUCUUCUAUCUGUCAGCACCAGCAUUUGGUAUGUAAUUUUUUGCACAUUAGAAAAUUUGUCAAGUUUUGCUUUUUAAUCCUAAUUAAUGGUCCUAAUGUAUUGAACAAACAGAGAAGUGCAUUACCACUUAGAUUAUACAUAAAUGAGCAUGAUGUGCAAUAUGUUCCUGGCUAA